AGGGAAGACGCGGAUUAUCUUGAGGCUCUCUCGACGUAGUUGGUUGGUACCGUUGGCACACUCCCAAGAUUGAGCUGGUCGCUUCAAAUCCCUCCCUUCCUCGUCUCCUUGAACUGAAGGUGCCGAUCCAAUGGUUCGCAAGAACAGCAUGACCGGUGAGAGCAUGAAAUGUGUGAUCCAACCAUGGCCGAAAGAUCCGUUGGAGCUCCUGAGGGGAGUCAACGACACCUGGAACUGCUUCCAGCGAGCGAACAAGGGGCGAGCCGUGACGGCAGCGGAAUGGCGGGAGGCCCGGCGCUUCCUGUGGAUGGAGUAUGAUAAGCUCAACUCGAGCUUGGAGAGCUCGUCCGAAGACAUUCCUGCUGCUGGCAACAAGCGCCUACAGGUGGAGGAGAACAGGGAUGAAGAUCUGUUCAACCAGAGCAAGAAGCUCAAGAGCAACGAUCCGAUCGUGUGCGUUUUCGACGAUGCUCAGUUCUUUGCGGACGAGCAGCCUGGCGAGGUUGAAUUCGACGAUGCAGACUUCAUAUGGCAAUGAGGCACAUUAUGACUCGAUACUGAGCGCUCGCCGAUAACCAUCUCCGUCGUCACUAUUGUGCACAACUGAACCCACCACCAAACUUCUAGUAGAUAGCCCUGAUGCUUCGCCUUGUUUGAUCUGUCUGUAAUUACAACUUUUCUUGCCUUCUUUCGAACAUUAAAAGCAACCUCGGGGC